GCGCCAAUAUUUUGAGUUAAUAUUGAGGUAUUCAUUUACGAAGUUUCUUUAAGUCAGAUAUUUCUAGUCUCCAAAAUGGCAGAUAUAUAUUUACAGAAUGAUGUGAACAAACUGUUUAAAGAUAAACAUGUAGUUUUUUUAGGAGAUUCAAAUACAAGAGCUCUGUAUAAAGAUAUUUUAUGUUUAUCCAGAAAGACAGAAUUUAUUCCUGAAAGUAUUCUCAGAACUAAAAUGGAAAAUUCUGUUUUUGGUGACUGCCUAGUCUUCCAUGGGAAGAAGUACAAUGGGCGAGAUUAUAGAGAAGAAAGGGAAGCUGUUUGUUCCAAUGCUAAAUAUUCUUUCUUCUUUCUUACUCGUGUAUACGAUGAGUAUGUAGAGAAAGUGUUAGGAAAAGUUACAGAAAAUUCUAGUCCAGAUGUGAUUGUGGUGAACUCCUGUCUUUGGGAUCUUACAAGGUGGGGGCCAAAAGGAGUUGAACAAUUCAAAGUAAAUUUGAAAACCUUGAUGAAAAAGUUCCAAAGUCUUGUACCUGAUAGUUUAGUCAUAUGGCUAACUACUCCUCCAAUCUCUAGUGAAAUGAAAGGAGGCUUCCUUGUUCCACAGCUACAAUUUCUGCAAUAUCAGCUGCGGUUUUAUGUUAUGGAAGCUAACUACUAUGCACAAAAGGUUGUUAUUGCUCAUGGCUUUGAUGUUCUCGACAUUCAUUAUCAUUUGAAAAUGCAGAUUCAUCGAAGAACUGGAGAUGGAAUUCAUUGGCUUUCUCCAGCUGUACGUUUUGUAACAAACUUGUUACUUACUCAUAUCAGUUUGGCCUGGGGUAUGCCACUUCCUCAUAGAUAUAAUUCUAUUGCUAUAGAAGAUUUACUUUCCAAGGAGGAAACUGAAAUAAAUUUUGAAGCUAAUGAUAAAGAGAGUGCUUCUGGCAACCAGAGUGUUUCUUCUGAAGCUGAAGCAAAUUCUGAAGCUUAUUCCAAAGAUAGUGUUUCUAUUAACCAGAGAUCUUCAGUUGCUUCAAGCAGUUAUGUAACUACUCCUCAAACUCCUGUUUCGGAAAAAGAAAAUUCCAAUUCUUCUCCAAAUCCUGCAAGAAAAAAGAAAAAACGUAGAGGAAAGAGAAUGAGAACACCUGUACAAAAGAAACCUCGCUGUAUGAGUUUUAAUGGAAGACAACUAUUUGAACAACGUAGGCAAGCACGUCAAAGACUGUGCAUUAUGCCAUCCCAAUAUCAUUCAUCAGCUCCUUUGCUACACAAUAAUUUCCCUAUGUUGCCAUACUCUGCUCAACAGUUUGCCUAUUUUGAGCAACCUGGACCAUAUGCUGCUGGUCCUUCACAACCACGUCAACCUUAUUAUUUUCCACCACCUUCAGAACAACAUCCUCUUCAACCAAAUAUAAAUUUUGCCUCAGAUUAUUCACCAUUUGACUACACUCCUUUCUCUGGAAACUGGUAAAAUUUUGUAUUAAAUAUUUUGCCAUUGUGAUAUAAAUGUGCCAUUAAUGCUUAAUUUUUUAUUUGUAGAAUAAAGGUAGAAUUUCAAAGUGAUAAAAUUCAGAUUUUUUCCCCCUUUUCCUUGUAUUACAAGUUCCUAAAUAUAAUUAAUUUUUGUAAAAUAUUUGCAACUUGUUGUGUGUAUAUAUGUCUUCAUCUGAGUGUUUAAAUUAAUGACACAUCUUUAUUAUUAUUAUUUUUCAAAAUUAAAACUGUGAUAUAUUGUGUAAGAAGGAACUUUAUUAUUUUGGUAUUUUUGUAGUUGUGAAAUAAACUGUUUUUGUAAAACUUUUAAAUUUUAACAUAAUAAUACAAUACAAUGCAUGUUUUGAUAAGAUAAUUCUAGGUCUGGAGUGCUUGAUUUAGUUGUUGAUUUUUUUGCACAUUUAUUAAAUGAAUGUGUACAUAUAGUUUGGCUUACAGUUCCAUCAAAGAUAUACCCUAUAAAUAUUAACAGAAAAGCAAUUAGUAAUGUAUGUAGGCAUAAUAUUCUUUGUUUACUGUGUGAUUUAUUGUUGAGCUCUAAUUAAUACAUGUUUUCUAAAAGGAUAUUAAAAAAACUUUUGAAUGCAAAAAAUUAAUAAUGGAAUGUUAAUUUUUUAAUUUAUCUCAAUUAAAAUAAUCAGUGUAAUCUUAGUUAAAUAAAAAUAAGUAUUGCAUCAGUUUUACUCAAAUAAAAAAUAGUAAUAAUUCCUUUGUUUAAUUUUAGUGCAGCAAAACUUGAUUCCUUUGUUUUAUUACAGUUAAAAUAGGUUGCAUUUAAUAAAAACUAGUUAUAUUGCUUAGCGUUAUAAGAAAAUAUAUACUGUACAAAAUCGGAGAUUUGGGACUUUGUUGAUUCUUUAUUUCAAAUAUUUUUGCAUCAUUAGUUUAAAUCUAAUAAAUGGACAUAACAGCACGACUUCCUUUAAUGUAAUGUUCUUUUAAAUAAUGUCACAGUAGAUAAAUAUUUUGCCUACACAGAAAAGAGAAAACACAACCCAAUAACCCAGCUGCAUUUUCAGUUAAUCUGAAUAUUUGUAGUUCUGUUCUACUGAAUAUCUUAUUAUUUUUAUUUUAUUGUUAGUGGUAUUUUGUACCAUUAUUUAAAUAAUUUGUUUACUUCUGAGAUGAAAAUGAUGCCGUUAUAGUUCCUGUAAAGUGUAAUGUUUAGUUAUAACGAAAACUGAAAUAUUAAUACUAAACUCUUUGUAUUUUAUCUAAAUGAAUAUUAUCUGCUUACAAUACUAGUAAGCUUUAUACUGUUUAAUUUAUAAAUACUUAUAUCAGAAAGAAGGUCUAAAAUUGUUAUUUUUCAAUUCCCAAACAGUUAUGCUAUUUCAUUCAUAGCUUUGAGAGAGGGUUUUCUCUCUCUCUCUCUAUCAUGUUCAUUGAAUUUGCAUUGCAAAUGCAUAAGAAUACUUUUAAUUCUUUAGAAUUUCAUUUUAAAGAAUUAAAAGUAUUCUUUUUUAAAGUUAAUGUAUCAUUUACAGUAUGUAUUUUUUCAAACGGGUAAUUUUCAAAAUUUCUUCAUCGAAUUUUAAUAACUGAACAUGAUUUAUUACUAGGGAUUGAAUAUAUAAGGAUUACAUGUAACAUAAAUUUGUGAAAAUUUGUAUUAGACUCUUAAGAUGCAGAAGUGGGAAUUUGCUAAGGAUUAUUUAUUACAUUUGUUUUCUUAAACUUUUUAACUGGCUUUAAAUAAAGCCUCCUUUGAUGGUUUUUGAAAGCAUUUGAGAAAUACCCAAAUAAUAUUUAAUAUUCUUUUUUAUAUAGCUAUUAGAAGUUUAGUAUACCUGGCCUGUUUGUGGAUAUUUGUAAAAAAAAAAAAAAAAAAAAAAAAAAAAAAAGGUAAUAAUCAAAAAUAUUAUUU